UGAGCGCAGAAGUUGGUGGUUAAGGAAAGAGAUGUAUUUAACCAAGAGUUAUCGUUUAAUACGGCAUGGAUUAUACCAGAAGGCCCUCAUUACGAACGUCUUGAAGUCAAGAAGGCUGCAUGGGGGCGGUUCAGCGUAUACUGCACUCGAACAACUUCGAGAUAUCGCUGUGACUCCUGACCAACCAGAACUCUACCAUGACGCAGUGAAGAUUUACAAUCCUGCUUACAGCUAUGAACAGCCAGCUUUUGUCGCUUUUCCAAAAAAUGUCGAAGAAAUCAAGCGCUGUUUGAAAAUUGCCGACAAAACUAAUACUCCAGUCGCUGUCAAAUCUGGGGGCCACUGUUUUGCUGGUUACUCCACCACUGACAGUAACGGUUUUGUUAUCUCCCUUAAAAACAUGAAUCAAGUUGAUGUGCAGGAGAACGUGGUCACUGUCCAGACUGGAGCUUGCUGGGGAGAUGUGUAUUCUAAACUUGAUGAUACUGAUUAUGUGGCUGUCGGAGGGUGUGUUCCAGGGGUGGGUAUCGGGGGAUACAUUCUCGGGGGUGGUUACAGCAUGCUCUCUCGUGGGUAUGGGGGUCUGGCUUGUGAUAAGGCGUUGUCAUUUACCAUGGUUACAGCCGAUGGAAGCGAAGUCGUGAGGGCUUCUGCCAAAGAAAAUGAGGAUCUCUUUUGGGCUUUGAAAGGUGGGGGUGGUGGAAAUUUUGGAGUGAUGGUUGAUGUUACUUUAGAGGUGUGUCCACGACCAAAACAAUUUCUCUGGACCCGUCUCAUUUACAAUACAAUUGAUCAGAGUGAACAAGGGCUCAGUGUGGUUGGUAAAAAUUUACACAAAUUCCCCAAGGAACUUAAUCUUGACAUGGCUCUUCAUGGCUACUUUGGGAAGAAAACGCUGACUUUGGAUGCAGUAUACUCUGAUGUUCAUGAGGAUGCAGUGCAGUCAAGCCUUGAAAGUCUUCAUCCACCGGUAGAAACACAACCUCAAGUGUUCACAUCGUAUCUGCAGUUUUCAACUGAAUACAGCAAGCGGCAUGGCUUUGUUCAUCAGGAGGUAGAACCUAUUUAUGUUAAAGGAGUGAUGAUUGAGUCCUUACCACCAGCUUUGGCCAAGUACUUUGCCCACCUUGAAAUCCCACCAGAAUGUCUUCUUGAGUUUGUUCACAUGGGUGGUGACAUUGCUCAACACUCUGCGACAUCCACAGCAUUCCCCUUCCGCACUGCCCAGUACAGUUAUUAUACAUAUGGCAGAUUUCAUGACCCAGCUCAAAGAGAAGAGGUUCUAAAAUUUGCCACGGCAGCCUAUGAUGCUGUAAGAGAAUCUGGCUGCGCUCUUGGCAGUUAUGUCAAUUACAUGGACCGCCACCUUAAGAACUGGGGUGAGAAUUUCUAUGGUGUGAAUUAUCCUCGUCUAUGUGAGGUCAAGGCUAAAUGGAAUCCCAUAGGGCAUGGAUCCUUGCAUUUUCAGCAGGAGGUUGGUUCCUCAUGGGAGCCUUGACCUUUGCCUUUUUUGACAGAACAAAAUUGCCACAAAAAUGAAUAGAAUCAAAAGUAAUUAGGUAAUAAAAAAAUCCCAGUCCCUCAACAAUUUUCCCCAUGGUUGAAUGUUAGUUGGUGCAAUGGCAAUUUCAGGCCCUGCCCCUCCAACCAUGAUUUUACAGCAAUUACACUCACAUUCCUUUAUUUUUUGAAGUGUUUCCUGACCAUGACAUUUAAAUGUUCUCUAAUCAAUUUUUAAUCUUGUUUGGGAGGAUCAAGAAAUUUAAGUACAAACACAGUUGUAUGGAUCAACCCUUUCACCACCAGAAGUGAGUGAGGAGUAAUUUCCCCUUAGAAUAUCAGUACAACAUCAAUCAAACAGAUGUUGAGAAUUAAUAAAAAAUCAUCAAUUGGGGAAGAUUACAUGGUUUAAGGGAGGUGCGGUGGCCUCAUGGUUAGUGCGCUCGACUCCGGAUCGAGUGGUCCGGGUUCAAGCCACAGCAGGGACA